ACAGAGGGUGAAAGAAUAGGGUAUGUCAAUGGGCAGCUCGUCGUACCGAAUGAACCUAUUAUCCCCGUUAUUGAAGGCGAUGGCAUCGGACGAGACAUCAUGAAGGUGACACGCCGCGUUGUUGAUGCAGCUGCCCAGACGGCAUACAACGGCGAAAAACGGAUCGUCUGGUUCGAUGUCUAUGCUGGCGAAAACGCCAUGGCAAAAUACAACGAAUGGCUGCCACAGGAUACCUUUGACGCUAUCGAAUACUUCCGCGUUUCCUUAAAGGGACCACUGACGACACCUGUCGGCGGUGGUUUUCGGAGUUUAAACGUGACCUUGCGUCAAGUGCUUGAACUCUAUGCAUGUAUCCGUCCUGUCCGUUACUUCCAAGGUGUCCCCGCACCUGUCACGCAUCCUGAAAAGAUGGAUGUCGUUAUCUUCCGUGAAAACACCGAGGAUGUCUACGCCGGUAUUGAGUGGGAACAAGGCACACCGGAAGUUAAAAAGUUUAUUGAACUGCUCCGCACCGAAAUGGGUGUAGAGGUCCGGGAAGAUUCCGGUAUCGGCAUAAAACCCAUCAGCAUUUUCGCCACAAAACGCUUGACACGCAUGGCGAUCCAAUACGCGAUUGACCACGGCAGACGUAGUGUUACCUUUGUCCACAAAGGCAACAUCAUGAAGUUUACCGAAGGCGCGUUCUGCGCUUGGGGAUAUGAACUCGCCAAAGACGACUAUGACGGUAAGUGUCCUGAAGGCAAAAUUAUCGUCAAUGACCGAAUCGCCGACAGCAUGUUACAGCAGAUUCUCACACGGACGGAUGAAUACGAUGUGAUUGUCACGCCGAACCUGAACGGCGACUAUCUCUCUGAUGCCGCGGCGGCACAGGUCGGCGGUAUCGGCAUGGCUCCCGGUGGCAACCUCAGUCGACGAAGUCGCAUUGUUUGA